AUGCCAUGUUCGCAGGCAGCAAACCCUCAUCCCGGUGCCAGUUUUGACCAGCCAGCACAGCCUUUCGUCCAACCGCAGCCCCAGACGACACCGCCUCAGACCCAAUUCGGUUUUGGAAUGCAGCAGUUUCAGCAGCAAGCGACGCACAAGCAGCAGCCGACUGUUCAACAGCAAUACCAGCAACAGGUUCCCCAGCAACGACCGGCACAGUAUUCGCAGGCACCGCAUGUGCAGCAACAGGCGAUGCAACAAACACCUGUGCGACAG